GAAGAAGGAACUCCUCCAGGACUUGUUUGACUUGGGCGACCAGGUGGUGCGAGCUCGCGAAGAAGAUGCAGGCGACGCAGAGGCUGAGGAUGGCUUGGAGUCUGGCCGUGACCGGUCGAAGGCGCAGAAGUUCAAGAAGAUGCUGGCCGAGGAGAGCUUGCCUGCUGCGGUGCUGGCGGAGUAUCAGUCCUGUGGCUCCCGUGAUGACAAGACCAAGCUGAUCAACACUCUCUUUGUGAAAGAAGGUGGGGCGCUGAAGCUUCGGCCGGAGAAGUUGACCUUCAGCACGCAAAAGCGGCUGGAGACCACAGACUCGAAGGCGGAGAAGGAGAAGGGCAUCGGCAAGAACUUGUUCAUGUCCAAGUGGCAGAUCAAGGGGCAGGCCGUCGAGUUCGAUGAGGACCAGUUCAAGGAGGUGAAGAAGCUCUGGUCGAAAAUGACGCCGGAGUUUGCGGAGGAGACGCUAGCCGGAUCCCGGAGUGAGGACCUCAUGGGCCGCAUUUCCACCUUGAUUAGCAGCUGUGUGAGCGGCCGGACGGACGUAUCUGCCACCUUGAAGGGCAGAAAAGUACGGGCUGGCUUGCCACUAUAUGUGGUCUGCUGCUGA